ACCUAUCUGAGCAUCGGGCUCUACAUGUAGAGCACUCUUGACGACCUCCGCGACCUAUCGAGACAUACUCACGAAGACGGUCGUUACGACACAUCGCAUUUCAAACGUCGAGAGGAACACAUCAAGGGACAAGCCGCGCUGCCCCAUAUGUCGACCAACGCACCUGCCGGAUGGGGGCCCUCCGACCCGCAUGCCCAGCCACACCCGUCCACAUUCCUCAACGCCCCGACGCCGGACAUGUACGCGUCCAAGGACUCGUCUUCCGACAUACCACCACCGCUUUCGGCCGUGCACGAGGAAGGCGAGCUCCGCGACGUAGAACGGCAGGCGGUGGUACGCACCCCCAGCCCCACGCCGAGCGAGACGGGGAUGCUUGAGGGGUCAAUAUGGAACCCGACAGGAAAGAAGAAAACAGAGUGGCGGGAGUGCAUGAGCAAGGAUUCGCUCGUGAGCUUCGCGAUACUGGGGAUCUCCAUAGCCCUCGUAGUGGUCUUCCUUGUGUUCCAGCAGAAGAUCAUCGAUGGUCUGAAACCCUUUGGGGACUGGCUACACAGGACCCCGGGAGCAUGGCUGAUCCCCAUCGCGAUCCUAUUCGUUCUCUCCUUCCCUCCGCUCUUUGGUUCCGGUAUCUUCGCGAUCCUCUGUGGUACGGUCUGGGGUGUCUGGAUCGGUUUCGGGAUCGUUACGGCGGGAACCAUCCUGGGCGAGCUCGCCAACUUCUACUUGUUCAAGUGGUGCUGCGUCAAGUACGGGAAGACGUGGGAGGACAAGUACCUGAUGUACGCACUCUGGUCUGAAGUCGUGCGCGAGGGCGGGUUCAUUGUCCCCACCAUCAUGCGCUACACGUCCUAUCCCGGUCAUUUCCUCACGGCGAUCUUUGCUACGUGCGGGAUGGGCGGAGGGGAGUUCCUCAUCGGCGCUCUUCUGUCUUCUCCGAAGCAGCUUGCUACGGUCUACCUCGGUGUCGCGCAGUCUAACACCAGUGCGUUGGCGGGGGCGAAGGCCGGGAUCAUCGUUGGGCUUACAACGAUCACAUACAUCGCGCUAUGGUACAUCGGAAGGAAGAUUGAGCAGGUGAAGGUGAAGGUGAUUUACGAGCGGCGGAAGAGACGACAGGCCAAGAUGCUCCGCGCGGGUGCGUCUUUGGAGCUCCCAGAACAUCCCACCCCGUCGUCUGCGACGCGCGUUCUGGCACAGCCGUAGUAGACAUAGUCUCGCGAAAUAUACCCAUGUUCUUGGCUCUCGGAACCCAGAAGUGUCGACUCACCGUCCGCACUGUUUUGCGAGAGGAGCGACGUCGAGAUGACAGCUGAGGCAAGGGUAGAAGGAGGGCACGUACGGAGAGGCGGAAGAUAAACAUGCGAAGUGAAGCAAAGCAGGAGGGAGACGCAAUUCACUAUUAGAUUGUGAGGUGCAGUAUCCGUAGUGAGCAAUGAGAUGAAAGAG